AUGUGCUCAAAAUCAUUUGGAACGCUAAAAAAUAGCAGAUUCAUUGCUGAGCAGAGUAAAUGCCAAUUACGUAAACGUUUUGCGAACGAGUCGUGGACGCUGCGCGCGCGUUUGCCAUCAUUACACUACAGUAGGUGGUCGGUCGCUUGUUCAUCUCUCCGAUUUGAACAUUGUUAUGGAACAGCGCUAUCAAUUGCUGGAUCGAAAUACACCGAUGAGACCGUUAUGCUGCAGCAAGCUAGUGAUGGAUGGCAUCCCAUCGAAGUUCAGUGGGGAUUCAGACAUUCGGAUUCCGAACGAACUUGA